AGCGAUUACAAUGCGCAGCUUAACCACUCUGUUCAUCAUUUACGAGCGAGAUAGGAAUUUAACAUCUUCUCCGGGUUGGUUCGAACGGACGUCUACCGGGUAUAAAAGUCUGGAAGAACACGUUUUGCAGCAAUCAGUUUUCCCUUCUUCGUUUUCUCCAAGGAAUCGUAUUUGAAUUCUCCGCCUCCAUUCUCGUUUCGAUUUUCAAUCAUCUUGAAGCCCUAGAUCCAAAAUUCCAGGUCGGGGGAAGAAAUUACCCUGGCAACGCCUUUGUUAGAAUACAUGUCGGAUCAGUCCAUCAUGGAGGACAGCCACCGUUACGUGAAAGUGCGGUCGGAACCGGCGACGUCGUCGUCACAGUUGCUACAGCAGGAGUUUGUACCGGACCCUGAAUGGAUUUUUGACGAAUUGCCCAAGGCUACCAUCGUGUCGGUCUCACGGCCGGACGCCAGCGACAUCACACCCAUGCUUCUUUCCUACACCUUCGAGUUCCAGUACAAGCAGUUUAAAUGGGUUCUACUGAAGAAAGCAUCACAAGUCGUUUAUCUACAUUUUGCAUUGAAAAAGCGUGCAUUUAUUGAAGAAUUCCAUGAGAGACAAGAGCAGGUGAAAGAAUGGCUUCAAAAUGUUGGGCUAGGGGAAACUUCAGCUGUUGUGCAAGAUGAUGAUGAUGAUGAUGCGGUUCAUUUACAGCACGAGGAAAACAUUUCAGCUAAAAAUAGAAAUGUCCCUUCUCGGGCUGCUUUGCCAAUUAUUCGACCAGCACUUGGAAGACAACAGUCUAUUUCGGACAGGGCCAAGGUUGCCAUGCAAGGCUAUCUGAAUCACUUUCUUGGAAACUUGGACAUCGUAAACUCUCCAGAGGUUUGCAAGUUUUUAGAGGUAUCCAGGCUAUCCUUUUUGCCAGAGUAUGGACCUAAACUAAAAGAGGACUAUGUUUCAGUCAAACAUUUGGCAAAGAUUCCAAAACGUGGGGAUGAUAACAGGUGUUGUGCAUGCAAAUGGUUUAGUUGUUGCAAUGACAACUGGCAAAAGGUCUGGGUUGUUCUUAAACCAGGCUUCUUGGCUUUUCUGGGAGAUCCAUUUGAUACAAAACCUUUAGACAUAAUUGUCUUUGACGUACUACCUCCUUCAGAUGGAAAUGAAGAGGGUCGAGUUCUUCUAGCUAAAGAGACUAAAGAACCAAAUCCUUUGCGGUUUGGGUUUACGGUAUCUAGUGGAAGCCGAGCAAUUAAUCUGAGGGUAAAAAGUAGUUCCAAAGUGAAAGACUGGAUUGCUGCAAUAAAUGAUGCUGGUUUGAGGCCUCCCGAGGGGUGGUGUUAUCCUCACCGUUUUGGUUCGUUUUCACCCCCAAGGGGCUUGAUAGAAGAUGGCAGUCAGGUACAAUGGUUUGUUGAUGGCCAGGCUGCAUUUGAUGCAAUUGCUUCUUCCAUUGAAGAAGCAAAGUCAGAGAUAUUUAUCGCUGAUUGGUGGUUGUGCCCAGAGCUUUAUCUUCGACGCCCUUUUCAUGCUCAUGGAUCUUCGCGACUUGAUUCAUUGCUAGAAGCUAGGGCCAAGCAAGGUGUUCAGAUUUACAUCCUUCUAUACAAAGAAGUUGCUCUUGCCUUGAAAAUUAAUAGCGUAUACAGUAAGCGAAGACUGUUGAACAUUCAUGAAAAUGUGAAAGUUCUGCGUUAUCCAGAUCAUUUUUCAACUGGCGUUUAUUUGUGGUCCCAUCAUGAGAAAAUCUUGAUAGUUGAUAAUCGGGUUUGCUAUUUGGGUGGACUUGAUUUGUGCUUUGGCCGCUUUGACAACUCCAAACACCAAAUUAGUGACCAUCCUCCUUUGAUUUGGCCUGGAAAAGACUACUAUAAUCCAAGGGAAUCUGAACCAAAUUCAUGGGAAGAUACAAUGAAAGAUGAGGUCGACCGAAGUAAGUAUCCUCGCAUGCCUUGGCAUGAUGUCCAGUGUGCUCUUUGGGGACCACCUUGUCGGGAUGUUGCAAGACACUUUGUUCAACGUUGGAAUUAUGCAAAGAGAAACAAAGCUCUACAUGAGGAGGCGAUUCCUUUGUUAAUGCCUCAUCAUCAUAUGGUUAUUCCUCAUUAUAUGGGACCAAACAAAGAAGUUAAAGAUGAUAUUAAGCCAGAAGAUAUCAAUCCUAGAGGACUGAAAAGGCAAGAAUCAUUUUCCUCUCGUUCUUCAUAUCAGGACCUCCCAUUACUUUUACCCCAAGAGCCAGACGGGCUAGACAAAGUUAGUGGAAAUCCAAAGAUGGAAAUAAGUCAAAUUCUUGCAGAACAACGGAGUAAGGCAAAUUACAGUUCUGCUUUCUCAUUUCGGAAGGCCAAAGUUGAGCAUCCAAUUCCAGAUAUGCAAAUGAAGGACUUUGUUGAUGAUAUUGAUUGUUGUCAAACUCGGGGAGAUGGGAAUUAUAAUGGAAUUGCGCAAACCUCUUUUCUUAAUAUUGAUAAAGAGUGGUGGGAAGCACAAGAGCGUGGUGAUCAGGUCUCUACAGAGGAAGUUGGACAAGUUGGUCCUCGUACGCCAUGUCACUGCCAGGUCAUUAGAAGUGUUGGCCAAUGGUCUGCUGGAACAAGUCAAACAGAAGAUAGCAUCCACAAUGCAUACAUUUCUCUAAUUGAAAAGGCAGAACAUUUCGUUUAUAUUGAGAAUCAGUUUUUUAUUUCAGGUCUUUCCGGAGAUGAUAUAAUACGAAAUCGAGUUUUGGAUGCAUUGUAUAGGCGUAUCAUGCGAGCACACAAGGAGAAUAAGUGUUUUAGAGUUAUUAUUAUCAUACCCCUUUUACCUGGCUUCCAGGGAGGUAUUGAUGAUAGUGGUGCUGCAUCUGUAAGGGCACUGAUGCAUUGGCAAUAUCGAACAAUUUGUAGAGGACCGAGUUCUAUAUUACAGAAUCUUUACGACAUAAUGGGGCCUAAAGCCCAGGAGUACAUAUCCUUCUAUGGUCUAAGAUCAUAUGGCAGGCUUCAAGAUAGUGGUAGCUUAGCCACCAAUCAGAUUUAUGUGCACAGCAAGUUGAUGAUAAUUGAUGAUCGUAUGGCUUUAAUUGGAUCAGCUAACAUAAAUGAUAGGAGCUUGCUAGGAUCUCGAGAUUCUGAGAUUGGUGUGGUUAUUGAAGACAAAGAAUUUGUUAAUUCUUCCAUGAGUGGGAAGUCAUGGAAUGCAGGAAAGUUUACUCUUAGUCUUCGCCUCUCCCUAUGGUCUGAACAUCUCGGACUUCGUUGUCAUGAGAUCACUCAGAUUCGUGACCCUGUGGUUGAUGCAACGUACAAAGACAUCUGGAUGGCUACAGCAAAGACAAACACUAUGAUCUACCAAGAUGUUUUUUCGUGUGUGCCGAGUGAUCUAAUCCACUCCAGAGCUGUCUUUCGUCAAAGCACUUCUUACUGGAAGGAGAAGCUUGGCCACACAACCAUUGAUCUAGGCAUUGCACCAGAAAAGCUUGAGGCAUAUCAGAAUGGAAAUCCGAAAGAAACCGACCCUCUGGAGAGACUGCAAUCCUUGAGGGGACAUCUCGUCUCCUUUCCUCUUGAUUUCAUGUGUCAUGAAGAUCUGAGACCAUUCUUCAAUGAGAGCGAGUUUUAUGCCUCUCAGGUAUUUCACUAGGUCUCAUUACUUGAUUCAUAUUUAUAAUGAUCUUCUUUGAGAAAAAAAUAAUAAAAUGAUCCCCGGAUUAUUUAUGGGAAGCCAUUUUAGGCUUCAUUUGGGACGGCUGUCUUCCUACUUCUUAAAGCGGCUUUCUAGUAUAAAAUUUUAAAUUUUGUACUUAAAAGCUGCUUUAAGAAGCAGGAAGAAAGCCGUCCCAAACGAAGCCUUAGUUCCAAAUUAUUUAAUGUGUCUAAUAUAGUCAUUUGACUCUUCAACAAAUUUGAUACAAAAUAAUUCAAUAGAUGGACUAUUUGAAUCAUAUUUGAAGGAUCAAGAAACUAAUUUGAUGAUAUUUAUACUCUGGAACUAUAAUGAUCUCGUAUAAAUAGUCCGGAAUCAUUUUGAUUUUUUUCUCGAUCUUCUUACAUCAGUCAAGCUAUUGUAUUUUGACAUUGAUGCCUGUAAAUUGCUGUAAAACAUAGAAAUUUAGAAUGAGCAAACGCAUUUUUGGCUAACGAUAUUGGCGUUUUCUUAAGCCAAGCAAGAUACCGAACAGUAUACAAUUUAAUCAGGGGUGGCAUUUUAACUGCCCUCGUACUGUUGUAAAAUAGCAAAUUUACUAUGUAAAUUUUGUUCUUCUUGAGUAUAAAAAGUGAUAUUGAUAGUGUAAAA